AAGGUCAUUGCAUUCAUUUUUUUCGUUGACCACAUAAACAUUUUCUUCUUCUUAGGAAACGUUUGUCCAAAACGUUGGUCGUAUUUAGCGGGCUACUGCUAUUUCUUCUCCAACAGUACUGCUACUUGGUCCAACGCUCGGCAACGCUGUAUAGAGACUGGGGGAGAUCUCGUGAAAGUAACUUCGGACGAGCAAAACGCUUUUGUCGCUUCACGUUAUUCGAGCUCACGUUGCUUGACGGAAGGAACCUGGAUAGGACUCCGUCGAAAUCCCAAAAAUUUGUCCCAAUGGGUAUGGCGGGAUGAUUUCAAUGUGAAGCCUCAGUACACAAAAUGGCACAGGAAGGAGCCAAUGAACGAACGUUUAGACAAAAACUGCACAGAAAUACACCCGAGUAAAAGUAUAUACUGGUAUGGAAGAGAGUGCUCUGCUCGAGGAUGCUAUAUUUGCGUAAAAGGUAAACUAUGAGUUAUAAUGGUUUUCUUAAGAUUUUGGACUUUUAACUCUUUCCUUGUUCCUUGGUCUCCUUGGCGAUCAACCUGAUUUUUCUUUCAGAUGCCAACGAGUGUAACAAUUAUAAUAUCUGUAGCGGCCAACGUUGUGCCAAUGUCCCUGGAAGUUAUAAAUGUUCUUGCGGGACAGGCUAUACAGCGACCAAAGAAAAACGAAAAUGUCAAGGUACUAAUCACCUGCCCACCACCUACUACUAAAAUUCUUUGAAGUUUCAAAUCUCCUUGGCAAAGGAUUUCGUUUCCUGAGAUACUACUGAGCAUAUAUGUGAUACAUCCCACUCACUAUAUACAUACCGAAUUUGCCUGGGUGAAAUUCACAUUUAGGCAAGAUACAUUUAUACGAUAUUAACAAUAAUAAUAAUAAUAUUAUGAUUUAAUGACAUAUUGCGUAAUUAUCAGUGUGAAAUUUUCAACUGUGCAUUACAAUAUUAAAAAUUAAACUAAAAAUGUUUGUUAUUGACCUAAAUACAACGCUUGACUGCAUUUACGAUGUGCUCAAAGACAUUUGAUAUCCUUGCGGGUAACAGAGCCUCUUUAAAAACCUUCUCCGGCUUUUGAAGAGUCAAAACUUCAAGUACCCUUUGUUCACAUAAGCAUGAGUAGUGUAACUCAGCUGUGAUAAUCCGCUUUCAAAUCCAUACAAAUACAAGUUUAUAAACCUUAAACUUACCCAGACGGUAUUCACUCGUAUUUCACACAACAUAAAAUAUGUCGUACAAAUAUUAUUUUAUCCUUUUUUGUUGUUGUUGUUGUUGUUGUUGUUUUGUUCUUUAUCUCUUCUCUAUUUAUCCCUUUCUCAGACAUUGACGAAUGUAAAGAUGAAAAUGGUGGAUGCCCUCAUUUCUGUGUUAAUACUCCUGGAAGUUACAUUUGUCAUUGUAGAGAUGGAUACGUGACUGAGAAUAAUGGCACAGUUUGUAGACCACGUGAGUAUAAGUUAAACAAAAUCGCAUGUUUGUCUUUAUCUCGAUGGCAUCGUCAAAGUAAUUCACAAAACUGACGCGUUAUCCUUAAAACUUACAGUUUCACGCUAAUGUUGCAUUGAUUUUACAUAAAAUAGAUAAUUUCCCUCUGUUUUCGACGAUCCGCAAGAUCCGCAGCAAAACAAUCAUGUUACAUUCCCUGUGUUAGAACUAAUUAUGGCAAAUAUAAUAAAAGACAUUGAGUUGCCUAUGAUCUGGAAUUUAAUCAAGGAACGGACUAAAACUGUUUAUUUGAUAAAAUUUCAGUCACGUCCUGAGGUGCGCCAUCGUUCAUUGUACUGAUGAUACUCUCUGUAACUAGUUUUAUCUUGUAAUGUUAUUGUCCAUGUAUGUAACUGUAGGGUAGGGUUUGAUACUGGCUAUGCUAUACCUCCGCUUUAACAAUUAAAAAUUCAAUUCAAUUUUCAUCCAGCUCCUUGUCAUUUUUAACUGCUAAGUUAUUUCAGGUUGCUGAUACUCUCUAAUUAUCAUAAUUAGAACUAAUUGUCAUUUUAUAUUCAAAACAUUGCUAAAAACUUGAUUACGGGCACAGUUAAGUUAUUGUUGUUGUUAUUGUUAAUGAUUGCAGCAGAAUUUUCGACGGCUGGAACCGAAAUUAAAAGUAGAGAAGAGACUAGAAUGACAAGCACAAAGGACACGAAUGACACAAAGCUAUUUACCAAGCCUCCUGCUGCUAAACCACCUGGUGAGUGUGUGACGACAGAUUUUUAA